AUGCGUCACAACAAUCAAUUGCCCAACCAGCAUUUCCGUAAGGACUGGAAGAUUCACGUACGUACAUGGUUUGAUCAGCCUGGAAAGAAGCUGUCCAGGAGAGUCAAGCGUGUCAAGAAGGCAGCCAAGAUUGCACCUCGUCCAAUUGACGGACUUCUUCGACCUGCAGUUCGAUGCCCUACUGUCAGGUAUAACACCAAGCUCCGUGCUGGUCGUGGAUUUUCUCUGGAAGAGCUCAAGGAGGCUGGUAUUAGCCGCCACUUUGCUCGCACCGUUGGUAUCUCUGUUGAUCACCGUCGUCGCAAUCGUUCUGUUGAAUCUCUUCAGGGCAAUGUUCAGCGUCUGAAGGAGUACCAGAGCAAGCUGAUUGUCUUCCCUAAAAAGGCAAACAAGCCCAAGAAUGGAGAUUCAGAGGCUGCUGUCGUUGCCACUGCUACUCAGCUCAAGGGUGCUCUUAUGCCCAUUUCCCAGCCCCCACUUACGGAUCUUGCCCGAAAGAUCACUGGCACUCCAGCAGUUCAUGCCUUUGACACUCUCAUCAAGGCACGCUCUGACAAGCGUAUGUUUGGUAUGCGUGAGAAGCUUGCAAAGGAACAAGCUGAAGAAGAG